GCCGGUACUCAAAUUCGCAAUAUAAAAAAUUAAAAUUAUUUUUAACUUCUCAUGUCUUUGGUGUUGUGCUUCGAAGAAAGAAUUUUCAGCGUAUCGAAAAUUCAAAGAACGCAGCAGUCUUAGUGCAUUAUUCUCUAAAACGGUAGGGCGAGAAUCUUGGGAGUUGUAUACAAAAGCGAUUUAAAUGUUCGCCAUAUUGAUUUAAGGUCGAGUAUCGUGUUCCUGGGGAGGAAGCAACGAAUAACGGCUGGACUUUCGAAAAAUAAGUCUGACUAACUUUGAUAUUUUUAUCUGCAACGUUUGCUGUUGACGUAAGGAAUAUCAUUGUUAUUGGAGUGCUGAAGGGCGUGACGUGCAUUAAGUGGUAGAAGUUCCCAAGAGUAAAGAUGGCCUGCGCAACUUUGAAGAGAACGCUGGAUUUCGAUCCAGUCCACAACCACGGAAGACCAUCAAAACGUAGACGUUGUGCUCCAAUGUGUGUAUCACCUAAUUCAUCAACAUCUAAUCAGCCUGAACUUCAUCCGUCUCCUUUUGGGGAGGUUUGCCCAAAACUCACUCCGGAGAAAAUGGCUGCAAGCAUUCGUGAGGAAAUUCGGCGGCUUCAUCGGCGAAAACAGCUUGGCUUCUAUCCGGGUCAUGAAUGCUCAAAUCAGGAAUCAUCAUCAGAUGGAGCGAUGGAGUCCCCAGGUUCACCGUCUGCCGCAUCAUUUGCAACGACAUAUUCCAGCAGCCGGGAGAAACCUUUAUUUACGUUUAGAGAGGUUGGUUUGAUUUGUGAACGCAUGCUGAAGGAGCGAGAGAGCCAAAUUCGUGAGGAGUACGAUCGUGUUUUAAACAUAAAGCUAUCAGAGCAGUAUGAUGCCUUUGUGAAAUUUACUUACGAUCAGAUUCAGAAACGUUUUGAGGCUGCUGCUGUACCAAGUUAUUUGUCUUAAACAACUGUUGCUGCCAUGAAUGAUGCAGCAGCUCAAAUUCUUUCAGAACCACGUUUUCCUUGUAGUCUUAAAUGCUGUGCCUAAUAAUUAUAUAAAUUGCUGAGUAAAAAUGCAAUGAACAGACUUCAUAAGAAGACGAAAUUGGUAGAAAGGAAAUCUGUGCAUAGCAGUGGGGAAUUAUGUAUGUUGCUAGGCAUUUCCCUUUAUGUUGACUGCAUAUUGUCAAUAAUAAAUAUUUUGUACAUGUCCCGGUUGCCACAGUUAACUUGAACCCUAGUUGUGCCAUGUAAUGAGCAACUGUUUAGAAUUGUUUUGCAGUAUAACUGAGAUCUUAAAGUGAAAGGCAGUUGAAAAUAAUAAGUUCACUUAAAGUACUAGAAGUAAAGGUAUUUCUAUGGAGGCAUGCUGAAUGUUAGCGAUAAAGUCGCUUUGCUGAGAAUUGUGGAAACCUGAUCGGUGACAAAUGAAGUCGAUGCAGUAAUAGUGAACUGGCUUGAAUGUGUAGAAGAAAUUCAUUGUCACAUCAUGCACAUAUUAAUAUAUCAGCUUAUAUUCCCAGAAGGCUCUGUUACGGAAAGGAUAAUUGCACUUCUGCAUAGUGUGGAAAGCAGUGGCAUGACAUGCAGAGGAGGAAUUGAUGACACCAAACUGUAGGACUGUGCACUUCAUAUCGUACUGUGGAACAGCUGUAAAGUGGAAAAUUUGUCUUCAAAAUUAGUUAAUCCUUGUUUAUUGUUGUAUUGUAUAACAAACAUUUUGAGAAUAUUAAAGUGUGACUGUCACCUCAUUCACUAAAUGCUGUUUCAUUGAUAUUGUGCUUAAAUUGAUAAUUUAGUUAAUGUAGAUUGUAAUGCUGAGUGUAACAUAUUAGGCGUACAUAGGAAUAUUGUCAAUCAGUGACUGAUUCUGCAGCCAGUGAAAGGUAAGUAUACCUGUGUGUGUGUGUGUGUGUGUGUGUGUGUGUGUGUGUGUGUGUGUGUUUUUGCACAUAGUGCUUUAGGAACAAUGAGAUGUGAACAUGAAAACACCUUCUGUCAUUGUGCACAAUUUAAAAAAGUGGAAUACCAUGCAUGAAUAGGGUGAACUACUGUUUUUGUUGCUCUAUUCCUGAUGUUAAACCUGUUAAGCUUCACAUCUGUCCAGAUUUAUGGUGUUUGUGUGUAAAAGAAGAUAAAAAAAUGAUUACAAGUGAUCCUUUUUACUACAAAAGAACUGAAUUUCAUGUAAUUUAUCCAGUAUUUUUUAUGUUUGAAUUGGGAAAUGUCAGCUGGUUUGUGUUAUUACUAACAUCAGAUCACGAUUUAAGUUUUAUAAUACACUGUACUUGUGACUUGACAGGUCCACAAGAAAAGUGUGCCUAUUGUGAUUAUCUUCUUUUGUGUAUAGUCCCUGAUGUUGACAUUGAUAUUGAACAAUAUAAUGUGGGCUGUAUUUGAGUGUAUUCCAUAUCACAACAUUUGGUGUAAUUUAUAAGUAUAUAUAACAUAUUGUUGGUUUUAAGUUGUGGGUUUGAAACCACAUUACUACUGUCCCUACAUCUGUUCCUCCAGAGUAGGUUUUACUUGUCUACAAAUUAAGUAUUUGUGCAUAUUUGUAAGUAUUCAUAACAGUUGCCUGAUUUGUGAGAUGUCUUGUAAAUUGUAAGCUUUUGUGAUUUAUAGGCAAGCCCUGUUUUAGUGAAAGUUGUAGUUUCCGUGGCAUCAAUGUUGUUUGUAUUAUUGUUAAUUCUGCGACUGCUAUAGGAAAUGUAGAUAUGUUUUGUAUAAUUAUUCUAUGUUACUUUGUUUUCAUUGUGGUGCAUAUAAAAAUAACAAAAAUGCACACUCAUUUGGUCUGAAAGCAAGUGGAAAUGAACUGCUGCGUAUCAAAUGUAAAAUAAAGACACUGAAAUGGCA